AUGCAACUGUUCAUAAUCUGCCUGCUGGCGGCCAACACGGCCGCAUUCACGAUGUUCGGCCCGCACAUCAGCAUCGUGCCGGGCCAAAAGCCCAACGAGAUUGUGCUUCGCUUCCGCAACCCCUGUAACAACAAGACCAGCACCACGACCUUGAGACCGCCAUCAUCACCAUGUCCAUAUCACCCUACCACGCCAGCCACUACUCCGCACGACUGCGGACACGAGACCACGAAAACAAGUAGGGCCACCACUGCAAGGCCAACAUUGGAAACGACUAUUAGAACAACUUUCAGGCCAACUCAGCCAACAACUCCGAAGCCAACGACUCUUAAGCCCACAGAGGGAACUUCGGAGGAACCUACAACUGUAAAGCCAACCGAGCCGACAACUCUAAAACCAACGACUCUUAACCCUACAAAACCGACAACUCCGAAACCAACCACUCUUAAGCCCACAGAGGGAACUUCGGAGAAACCUACAACUCUGAGUCCAACAACUCUUAAGCCCACAGAGGGAACUUCGGAGAAACCGACAACUCCGAGCCCAACAACUCUUAGGCCCACAGAGGGAACUUCGGAGAAACCGACAACUCCGACUCCAACAACUCUUAAGCCCACAGAGGGAACUUCGGAGAAACCGACAACUCUGAAUCCAACAACUCUUAAGCCCACAGAGGGAACUUCGGAGAAACCGACAACUGUCAAGCCAACAACUCUUAAGCCCACAGAGGGAUCUUCGGAGAAACCGACAACUGUGAAGCCAACAACUCUUAAGCCCACAGAUGGAACUUCUGUGAAACCGUCAACUCUGAACCCAACAACUCUUAAGCCCACAGAGGGAACUUCGGAGAAACCGUCAACUGUGAAGCCAACAACUCUUAAGCCCACAGAGGGAACUUCGGAGAAACCGACAACUGUGAAGCCAACAACUGGAACAUCGGAGAAACCGACAACUGUGAAGCCAACAACUCUUAAGCCCACAGAUGGAACUUCUUUGAAACCGUCAACUCUGAACCCAACAACUCUUAAGCCCACAGAGGGAACAUCGGAGAAACCGACAACUGUGAAGCCAACAACUCUUAAGCCCACAGAUGGAACUUCUGUGAAACCGUCAACUCUGAACCCAACAACUCUUAAGCCCACAGAGGGAACUUCGGGGAAACCGACAACUCUGAAUCCAACAACUCUUAAGCCCACAGAGGGAACUUCGGAGAAACCGAUAACUCUGAAUCCAACAACUCUUAAGCCCACAGAUGGAACUUCUGUGAAACCGUCAACUCUGAACCCAACAACUCUUAAGCCCACCGAUGGAACUUCUGUGAAACCGUCAACUCUGAACCCAACAACUCUCAAGCCCACAGAUGGAACUUCGGAGAAACCGACAACUCUGAAUCCAACAACUCUUAAGCCCACAGAAGGAACUUCUAUGAAACCGACAACUCUGAACCCAACUACUCUUAAGCCCACAGAGGGAACUUCUGUGAAACCGUCAACUCUGAACCCAACAACUCUUAAGCCCACAGAGGGAACUUCGGAGAAACCGACAACUCUUAAGCCCACAGAGGGAACUUCGGAAAAACCGACAACUUUGAGUCCAACCACUCUUAAGCCCACAGAAGGAACUUCAGAGAAACCAACAACUGCGAACCCAACAACUCUUAAGCCCACAGAGGGAACUUCUGUGAAACCGUCAACUCUGAACCCAACAACUCUUAAGCCCACAGAUGGAACUUCUGUGAAACCGUCAACUCUGAACCCAACAACUCUUAAGCCCACAGAUGGAACUUCGGAAAAACCGACAACUCUGAAUCCAACAACACUUAAGCCCACAGAGGGAACUUCGGAGAAACCGACAACUUUGAGUCCAACCACUCUUAAGCCCACAGAAGGAACUUCGGAGAAACCAACAACUGUGAACCCAACAACUCUUAAGCCCACAGAGGGAACUUCUGUGAAACCGUCAACUCUGAACCCAACAACUCUUAAGCCCACAGAUGGAACUUCGGAGAAACCGACAACUCUUAAGCCCACAGAGGGAACUUCGGAGAGACCGACAACUGUGAACCCAACAACUCGCAAACCCACAGAUGGAACUUCGGAAAAACCGACAACUCUGAAUCCAACAACUCUUAAGCCCACAGAGGGAACUUCGGAGAAAACGACUACUGUAAACCCAACAACUCUUAAGCCCACUGAGGGAACUUCGGAGAAACCGACUACUCUGAAUCCAACAACUCUUAAGCCCACAGAGGGAACUUCGGAGAAACCGACAACUGUGAACCCAACAACUCUUAAGCCCACAGAUGUAACUUCGGAAAAACCGACAACUUUGAAUCCAACAACUCUUAAGCCCACAGAGGGAACUUCGGAGAAAACGACAACUAUAAACCCAACAACUCUUAAGCCCACAGAUGGAACUUCGGAAAAACCGACAACUCUGAAUCCAACAACUCUAAAGCCCACAGAGGGAACUUCUGUGAAACCGUCAACUCUGAACCCAACAACUCUUAAGCCCACAGAGGGACCUUCUGUGAAACCGACAACUCUGAAUCCAACAACUCUUAAGCCCACAGAGGGAACUUCGGAGAAACCGACAACUGUGAACCCAACAACUCUUAAGCCCACAGAUGGAACUUCGGAAAAACCGACAACUCUGAAUCCAACAACUCUUAAGCCCACAGAGGGAACUUCUGUGAAACCAACAACUCUUAACCCAACAACUCUUAAGCCCACAGAGGGAACUUCGGUGAAACCGUCAACUCUGAGCCCAACAACUCUUAAGCCCACAGAGGGAACUUCUGUGAAACCGUCAACUCUGAACCCAUCAACUCUUAAGCCCACAGAGGGAACUUCUGAGAAACCGACAACUCUGAAUCCAACAACUCUUAAGCCCACAGAGGGAACUUCUGUGAAACCGACAACUCUGAUCCCAACAACUCUUAAGCCCACAGAGGGAACGUCUGUGAAACCGUCAACUCUGAACCCAACAACUCUUAAGCCCACAGAUGGAACUUCGGAGAAACCGACAACUGUGAACCCAACAACUCUUAAGCCCACAGAUGGAACUUCGGCAAAACCGACAACUCUGAAUCCAACAACUCUUAAGCCCACAGAGGGAACUUCGGAGAAAACGACUACUGUAAACCCAACAACUCUUAAGCCCACUGAGGGAACUUCGGAGAAACCGACUACUCUGAAUCCAACAACUCUUAAGCCCACAGAGGGAACUUCGGAGAAACCGACAACUGUGAACCCAACAACUCUUAAGCCCACCGAGGGAACUUCGAAGAAACCGACAACUCUGAAUCCAACAACUCUUAAGCCCACAGAGGGAACUUCUGUGAAACCGUCAACUCUGAACCCAACAACUCUUAAGCCCACAGAUGGAACUUCGGAAAAACCGACAACUCUGAAUCCAACAACUCUUAAGCCCACAGAGGGAACUUCUGUGAAACCGACAACUGUGAACCCAACAACUCUUAAGCCCACAGAUGGAACUUCGGAAAAACCGACAACUCUGAAUCCAACAACUCUUAAGCCCACAGAGGGAACUUCUGUGAAACCGACAACUCUGAACCCAACAACUCUUAAGCCCACAGAGGGAACUUCUCCGACUACUGUGAAUCCAACAACUCUUAAGCCCACAGAGGGAACUUCAGUGAAACCGACCACUCUGAACCCAACAACUCUUAAGCCCACAGAUGGAACUUCGGCGAAACCGACAACUCUGAAACCAACGAAGCCGACAACUGUGAAGCCAACAACUCUUAAGCCCACAGAGAGAACUUCGGUGAAACCGUCAACUGUGGAACCAACAACUCUUAAGCCCACAGAGGGAACUUCGGAGAAACCGACAACUCUGAAACCAACGAAGCCGACAACUGUGAAGCCAACAACUCUUAAGCCCACAGAAGGAACUUCGGUGAAACCGUCAACUCUGAACCCAACAACUCUUAAGCCCACAGAGGGAACUUCGGUGAAACCGUCAACUGUGAAACCAACAACUCUUAAGCCCACAGAGGGAACUUCGGAAAAUCCGACAACUCUGAAACCAACGAAGCCGACAACUGUGAAGCCAACAACUCUUAAGCCCACAGAAGGAACUUCGGAGAAACCGACAACUCUGAAGCCAACGACUCUUAAGCCCACAGAGGGAACUUCGGUGAAACCGUCAACUCUGAAUCCAACAACUCUUAAGCCCACAGAGGGAACUUCGGAGAAUCCGACAACUCUGAAACCAACGAAGCCGACAACUGUGAAGCCAACAACUCUUAAGCCCACAGAGGGAACUUCUGUGAAACCGUCAACUCUGAGCCCAACAACUCUUAAGCCCACAGAUGGAACUUCGGAGAAACCGACAACUCUGAAACCAACGAAGCCGACAACUGUGAAGCCAACAACUCUUAAGCCCACAGAAGGAACUUCGGAGAAACCAACAACUCUUAAGCCCACAGAGGGUACUUCGGAGAAACCGACAACUCUGAACCCAACAACUCUUCAGCCCACAGAUGGAACUUCGGAGAAACCGUCAACUCUGAAUCCAACAACUCUUAAGCCCACUGAGGGAACUUCUGUGAAACCAUCAACUCUGAACCCAACAACUCUUAAGCCCACAGAUGGAACUUCGGAGAAACCGACAACUCUGAAUCCAACAACUCUUAAGCCCUCAGAGGGAACUUCGGAGAAGCCGACUACUGUGAAUCCAACAACUCUUAAGCCCACAGAGGGAACUUCAGUGAAACCGACCACUCUGAACCCAACAACUCUUAAGCCCACAGAUGGAACUUCGGCGAAACCGACAACUCUGAAACCAACGAAGCCGACAACUGUGAAGCCAACAACUCUUAAGCCCACAGAGAGAACUUCGGUGAAACCGUCAACUGUGGAACCAACAACUCUUAAGCCCACAGAGGGAACUUCGGAGAAACCGACAACUCUGAAACCAACGAAGCCGACAACUGUGAAGCCAACAACUCUUAAGCCCACAGAAGGAACUUCGGUGAAACCGUCAACUCUGAACCCAACAACUCUUAAGCCCACAGAGGGAACUUCGGUGAAACCGUCAACUGUGAAACCAACAACUCUUAAGCCCACAGAGGGAACUUCGGAAAAUCCGACAACUCUGAAACCAACGAAUCCGACAACUGUGAAGCCAACAACUCUUAAGCCCACAGAAGGAACUUCGGAGAAACCGACAACUCUGAAGCCAACGACUCUUAAGCCCACAGAGGGAACUUCGGUGAAACCGUCAACUCUGAAUCCAACAACUCUUAAGCCCACAGAGGGAACUUCGGAGAAUCCGACAACUCUGAAACCAACGAAGCCGACAACUGUGAAGCCAACAACUCUUAAGCCCACAGAGGGAACUUCUGUGAAACCGUCAACUCUGAGCCCAACAACUCUUAAGCCCACAGAUGGAACUUCGGAGAAACCGACAACUCUGAAACCAACGAAGCCGACAACUGUGAAGCCAACAACUCUUAAGCCCACAGAAGGAACUUCGGAGAAACCGACCACUCUGAACCCAACAACUCUUAAGCCCACAGAGAAAACUUCGGAGAAACCGAUAACUCUGAAACCAACAACUCUUAAGCCCACAGAUGGAACUUCGGAGAAACCGACAACUCCGACAACUCUGAAACCAACGAAGCCGACAACUGUGAACCCAACAACUCUUAAGCCCACAGAGGGAACUUCGGUGAAACCGUCAACUGUGGAACCAACAACUCUUAAGCCCACAGAGGGAACUUCGGAGAAACCGACAACUCUGAAACCAACGAAGCCGACAACUGUGAAGCCAACAACUCUUAAGCCCACAGAAGGAACUUCGGUGAAACCGUCAACUCUGAACCCAACAACUCUUAAGCCCACAGAGGGAACUUCGGUGAAACCGUCAACUGUGAAACCAACAACUCUUAAGCCCACAGAGGGAACUUCGGAAAAUCCGACAACUCUGAAACCAACGAAGCCGACAACUGUGAAGCCAACAACUCUUAAGCCCACAGAAGGAACUUCGGAGAAACCGACAACUCUGAAGCCAACGACUCUUAAGCCCACAGAGGGAACUUCGGUGAAACCGUCAACUCUGAAUCCAACAACUCUUAAGCCCACAGAGAGAACUUCGGAGAAUCCGACAACUCUGAAACCAACGAAGCCGACAACUGUGAAGCCAACAACUCUUAAGCCCACAGAGGGAACUUCUGUGAAACCGUCAACUCUGAGCCCAACAACUCUUAAGCCCACAGAUGGAACUUCGGAGAAACCGACAACUCUGAAACCAACGAAGCCGACAACUGUGAAGCCAACAACUCUUAAGCCCACAGAAGGAACUUCGGAGAAACCGACCACUCUUAAGCCCACAGAUGGAACUUCGGAAAAACCGACAACUCUGAGUCCAACAACUCUUAAGCCCACAGAGGGAACUUCUGAAAAACCGACAACUGUGAAGCCAACAACUCUUAAGCCCACAGAAGGAACUUCGGAGAAACCGACCACUCUGAACCCAACAACUCUUAAGCCCACAGAGGAAACUUCGGAGAAACCGACAACUCUGAAACCAACAACUCUUAAGCCCACAGAUGGAACUUCGGAGAAUCCGACAACUCUGAAACCAACGAAGCCGACAACUCUGAAACCAACGAAGCCGACAACUGUGAACCCAACAACUCUUAAGCCCACAGAGGGAACUUCGGAGAAACCGACAACUCUGAAUCCAACAACUCUUAAGCCCACAGAAGGAACUUCUGUGAAACCGUCAACUCUCAAGCCAACAACUCUUAAGCCCACAGAUGGAACUUCGGAGAAACCGACAACUCCGAAACCAACGGUGCCGACAACUCUUAAGCCGACAGAGGGAACAACUCUCAACCCAACAACUCUUAAGCCCACAGAUGGAACUUCGGAGAAACCGACAACUCCGAAACCAACUGUGCCGACAACUCUUAAGCCCACAGAGGGAACAACUCUCAACCCAACAACUCUUAAGCCCACAGAUGGAACUUCGGAGAAACCGACAACUCUGAAUCCAACAACUCUUAAGCCCACAGAGGGAACUUCGGCGAAGCCGACAACUCUGAAACCAACGAAGCCGACAACUGUGAACCCAACAACUCUUAAGCCCACAGAGGGAACUUCGGAGAAACCGACAACUCUGAAUCCAACAACUCUUAAGCCCACAGAAGGAACUUCUGUGAAACCGUCAACUCUCAAGCCAACAACUCUUAAGCCCACAGAUGGAACUUCGGAGAAACCGACAACUCCGAAACCAACGGUGCCGACAACUCUUAAGCCGACAGAGGGAACAACUCUCAACCCAACAACUCUUAAGCCCACAGAUGGAACUUCGGAGAAACCGACAACUCCGAAACCAACUAAACCGACAACUCUGAAUCCAACAACUCUUAAGCCCACAGAUGGAACUUCGGAGAAACCGACAACUCUGAGUCCAACAACUUUAAAGCCCACAGAGGGAACUUCGGAGAAACCGACAACUCUGAAUCCAACAACUCUUAAGCCCACAGAGGGAACUUCUGUGAAACCGUCAACUCUGAACCCAACAACUCUUAAGCCCACAGAGGGAACUUCGCAGAAACCGACAACUCUGAACCCAACAACUCUUAAGCCCACAGAUGGAACUUCGGAGAAACCAACAACUCUGAAUCCAACGGAGCCGACAACUGUGAAACCAACAACUCUUAAGCCCACAGAGGCAACUUCGGUGAAACCGUCAACUCUGAACCCAACAACUCUUAAGCCCACAGAGGGAACUUCGCAGAAACCGACAACUCUGAGUCCAACAACUCUUAAGCCCACAGAGGGAACUUCGGAAAAACCGACAACUCUGAAUCCAACAACUCUUAAGCCCACAGAGGGAACUUCGGAGAAACCGACAUCUGUGAAGCCAACAACUCUUAAGCCAACAGAGGGAACUUCGGAGAAACCGACAACUCUGAAUCCAACAACUCUUAAGCCCACAGAGGGAACGUCGGUGAAACCGUCAACUCUGAACCCAACAACUCUUAAGCCCACAGAGGGAACUUCUGUGAAACCGACAACUCUGAAUCCAACAACUCUUAAGCCCACAGAGGGAACUUCGGAAAAACCGACAACUCUGAAUCCAACAACUCUUAAGCCCACAGAGGGAACUUCGGAGAAACCGACAACUCUGAAUCCAACAACUCUUAAGCCCACAGAUGGAACUUCGGAAAAACCGACAACUCUAAAUCCAACAACUCUUAAGCCCACAGAGGGAACUUCAGAGAAACCGACAACUCAGAAACCAACGGAGCCGACAACUGUGAAGCCAACAACUCUUAAGCCCACAGAGGCAACUUCGGUGAAACCGUCAACUCUGAACCCAACAACUCUUAAGCCCACAGAGGGAACUUCGGAGAAACCAACGAUGCCGACAACUGUGAACCCAACAACGCUUAAGCCCACAGAGGGAACUUCGGAGAAACCGUCAACUCUGAAACCAACAACUCUUAAGCCCACAGAGGGAACGUCGGUAAAACCGUCAACUCUGAACCCAACAACUCUUAAGCCCACAGAGGGAACUUCGCAGAAACCGACAACUCUGAAUCCAACAACUCUUAAGCCCACAGAGGGAACUUCGGAGAAACCGACAACUCUGAACCCAACAUCUCUUAAGCCCACAGAGGGAACUUCGGAGAAACCGACAACUCAGAAACCAACGGAGCCGACAACUGUGAAGCCAACAACUCUUAAGCCCACAGAGGCAACUUCCGUGAAACCGUCAACUCUGAACCCAACAACUCUUAAGCCCACAGAGGGAACUUCGCAGAAACCGACAACUCUGAGUCCAACAACUCUUAAUCCCACAGAGGGAACUUCGGAAAAACCGACAUCUCUGAAUCCAACAACUCUUAAGCCCACAGAGGGAACUUCGGAGAAACCGACAACUGUGAAGCCAACAACUCUUAAGCCAACAGAGGGAACUUCGGAGAAACCGACAACUCUGAAUCCAACAACUCUUAAGCCCACAGAUGGAACUUCGGAAAAACCGACAACUCUGAAUCCAACAACUCUUAAGCCCACAGAGGGAACUUCUGUGAAACCGACAACUCUGAAUCCAACAACUCUUAAGCCCACAGAGGGAACUUCGGAAAAACCGACAACUCUGAAUCCAACAACUCUUAAGCCCACAGAGGGAACUUCGGAGAAACCGACAACUCUGAAUCCAACAACUCUUAAGCCCACAGAUGGAACUUCGGAAAAACCGACAACUCUAAAUCCAACAACUCUUAAGCCCACAGAGGGAACUUCAGAGAAACCGACAACUCAGAAACCAACGGAGCCGACAACUGUGAAGCCAACAACUCUUAAGCCCACAGAGGCAACUUCGGUGAAACCGUCAACUCUGAACCCAACAACUCUUAAGCCCACAGAGGGAACUUCGGAGAAACCAACGAUGCCGACAACUGUGAACCCAACAACGCUUAAGCCCACAGAGGGAACUUCGGAGAAACCGUCAACUCUGAAACCAACAACUCUGAAACCAACAACUCUUAAGCCCACAGAGGCAACUUCGGUGAAACCGUCAACUCUGAACCCAACAUCUCUUAAGCCCACAGAGGGAACUUCGGAGAAACCGACAACUCUGAAUCCAACAACUCUUAAGCCCACAGAGGGAACGUCGGUGAAACCGUCAACUCUGAACCCAACAACUCUUAAGCCCACAGAGGGAACUUCGCAGAAACCGACAACUCUGAAUCCAACAACUCUUAAGCCCACAGAGGGAACUUCGGAGAAACCGACAACUCUGAACCCAACAUCUCUUAAGCCCACAGAGGGAACUUCGGAGAAACCGACAACUCAGAAACCAACGGAGCCGACAACUGUGAAGCCAACAACUCUUAAGCCCACAGAGGCAACUUCCGUGAAACCGUCAACUCUGAACCCAACAACUCUUAAGACCACAGAGGGAACUUCGGAGAAACCAACGAUGCCGCCAACUGUGAACCCAACAACGCUUAAGCCCACAGAGGGAACUUCGGAGAAACCGUCAACUCUGAAACCAACAACUCUUAAACCCACAGAUGGAACUUCGGAGAAACCGACCACUCCGAAACCAACGAUGCCGACAACUGUGAAGCCAACAACUCUUAAGCCCACAGAGGGAACUUCGGAGAAACCGACAACUGUGAAACCAACGAAGCCGACAACUCUGAACCCAACAACUCUUAAGCCCACAGAGGCAACUUCGGUGAAACCGUCAACUAUGAACCCAACAACUCUUAAGCCCACAGAGGGAACUUCGGAGAAACCGACAACUGUGAAACCAACGAAGCCGACAACUCUGAACCCAACAACUCUUAAGCCCACAGAGGGACCUUCGGAGAAACCGACCACUCCGAAACCAACGAUGCCGACAACUGUGAAGCCAACAACUCUUAAGCCCACAGAGGGAACUUCAGAGAAACCGACAACUGUGAAGCCAACAACUCUUAAGCCCACAGAGGGAACUUCGGAGAAACCGACAACUCUGACUCCAACAACUCUUAAGCCCACAGAAGCAACUUCGGUGAAACCGUCAACUCUGAACCCAACAACUCUUAAGCCCACAGAGGGAACUUCGGAGAAACCGACCACUCCGAAACCAACGAUGCCGACAACAGUGAACCCAACAACGCUUAAGCCCACAGAGGGAACUUCGGAGAAACCGUCAACUCUGAAACCAACAACUCUUAAGCCCACAGAUGGAACUUCGGAGAAACCGACAACUCUGAAUCCAACGGAGCCGACAACUCUGAAGCCAACAACUCCUAAGCCCACAGAGGCAACUUCGGUGAAACCGUCAACUCUGAACCCAACAACUCUUAAGCCCACAGAGGGAACUUCGGUGAAACCGUCAACUCUGAACCCAACAACUCUUAAACCCACAGAGGGAACUUCGGAGAAACCCACCACUCCGAAACCAACGAUGCCGACAACUGUGAACCCAACAACUCUUAAGCCCACAGAGGCAACUUCGGUGAAACCGUCAACUCUGAAUCCAACAACUCUUAAGUCCACAGAGGGAACUUCGCAGAAACCGACAACUGUGAAGCCAACAACUCUUAAGCCCACGGAGGGAACUUCGGAGAAACCGACAACUCUGACUCCAACAACUCUUAAGCCAACAGAGGGAACUUCGGAGAAACCGACAACUCUGAAUCCAACAACUCUUAAGCCCACAGAGAGAACUUCGGAGAAACCGACAACUCUGAAUCCAACAACUCUUAAGCCCACAGAUGGAACUUCGGAAAAACCGACAACUCUGAAUCCAACAACUCUUAAGCCCACAGAGGGAACUUCGGAAAAACCGACAACUCUGAUUCCAACAACUCUUAAGCCCACAGAGGGAACUUCGGAGAAACCGACAACUGUGAAGCCAACAACUCUUAAGCCCACGGAGGGAACUUCGGAGAAACCGACAACUCUGACUCCAACAACUCUUAAGCCAACAGAGGGAACUUCGGAGAAACCGACAACUCUGAAUCCAACAACUCUUAAGCCCACAGAGAGAACUUCGGAGAAACCGACAACUCUGAAUCCAACAACUCUUAAGCCCACAGAUGGAACUUCGGAAAAACCGACAACUCUGAAUCCAACAACUCUUAAGCCCACAGAGGGAACUUCGGAGAAACCGACAACUCAGAAACCAACGGAUCCGACAACUGUGAAGCCAACAACUCUUAAGCCCACUGAGGCAACUUCGGUGAAACCGACAACUCUUAAUCCAACAACUUUUAAGCCCACAGAGGGAACCUCGGACAAACCGACAACUCCGAAACCAACGAUGCCGACAACUGUGAACCCAACAACGCUUAAGCCCACAGAGGGAACUUCGGAGAAACCGACAACUCUGAAUCCAACAACUCUUAAGCCCACAGAGGGAACUUCGGAGAAACCGACAACUCUGAACCCAACAACUCUUAAGCCCACAGAUGGAACUUCGGAGAAACCGACAACUCUGAACCCAACAACUCUUAAGCCCACAGAGGGAACUUCGGAGAAACCGACAACUCUGAAACCAACGAAACCGACAACUCUGAACCCAACAACUCUUAAGCCCACAGAGGGAACUUCGGAGAAACCGACCACUCCGAAACCAACGAUAACGACAACUGUGAAGCCAACAAGUCUUAAGCCCACAGAAGGAACAUCGACAAGGCCGAAUACUCCUAAACCAACAACUGUAAGGCCAACAACUCUCAAGCCCACUAAGGGAACAUCGGCAAUGCCGGCCACAACAAGACCGACAACAGCAAAGCCAACGACUCCUAAGGAAACAACAACUCAAAAACCAUUAACUGUGAAGCCGACAACUUCAAAGCCGACGACUCUUAAGUCCACAGAGAGAACAUCGGCAAAUCCGACCACAUUGAAACCAAACCCAAGCCCGACGACUUCAAAGCCCACUAAAGGAACAUCGCCCAAGCCCACUACUCCAAAACCAACAACUGCAAGGCCAACGACUCUUAGGACCACUCAGGGAACUUCGGAGAAACCGACCACUCUGAAGCCAUCUAAGCCAACAACGACCGCUAAGCCAACACCCGAGGAGUCUUCCACUACGACAGCAUCUCUGCCUCCGUUCAAUAUCUUUGAUCUGAUUUCUGGGGCACUAUCAACAACCGUGUCCGUUUAA